AUGACUGAUAAUUAUAAAGGUUGGCACGAGCAGUUUCCUUAUGCUUUACUGGGAUACCGUACUAUGGCCAGAACUUCAACAGGAGCAACUCCAUACCUAUUGGUCUAUGGAACUGAAGCAGCCAUACUUGCUGAAGUUGAGAUACCUUUUUUAAGAAUCAUUCAAGAAGCAGAAUUAGACAAUAUUGAAUGGGUCCAAGCUCGAUAUGAACAAUUGGCUCUAAUUGAUGAGAAAAUGAUGGUUGUCGCAUGUCACGGUCAACUGUACCAACAAAGAAUGGCAAGGGCCUUCAACAAGCGAAUUAGAACUAGACUUUUUCAAAUUGGGAAAAUGGUGCUCAAAAGAAUUUUCCCACAUCAAGAUGAAUACAAAGGGAAGUUUUCUCCUAACUGGCAAGGCCCUUAUGUGGUCCACAAAGUACUCUCUGAAGGAGCAGUGGUAUUGGCAGAAAUGAACGGACAAGAGUGGCCAAAGCCAAUCAACUCAAUCAAGCGCUACUACGCAUAA